GUUAAAUAAGGGGAGAUGAACGCUGUUAAGCAGAACAGAAGCACAAUGUCUGGGAACUACGGCGCUGUAUUGGCGGCACUGCUCCUCCUCGCCGGCAUAAUCUCCCUCGGCAGAGCAGCCAACUCCUGCUGCUCCAACCCGUGCCAGAACCGAGGUGUGUGCAGCACGGUGGGGUUCGAGGACUACGAAUGCGACUGCACACGGACCGGCUUUUACGGGAGGAACUGCAGCACACCCGAAUUCUGGACCUGGGUGAAACUCAGCCUGAAACCCACCCCCAACACCGUCCACCACAUCCUGACCCACUACCAUGGGGUAUGGGACAUUGUCAAUCAGAUCUCCUUCCUGAGGGACCGCAUCAUGCGAUACGUCUUGACAUCCAGGUCUCAUUUGAUUGAUAGUCCCCCUACCUACAAUUCAAAAUACAACUAUAAGAGUUGGGAAGCCUAUGCCAAUAUCUCCUACUACACCAGAAAUCUUCCCCCAACUAAUGAAGACUGCCCAACACCAAUGGGAGUAGUUGGAAAGAAAACACUGCCCGACCCCCAGUAUCUAGCAGAAAGAUUCCUACUGAGGAAGACAUUUGUGCCUGAUCCCCAAAAGACCAAUUUGAUGUUUGCCUUCUUUGCUCAACAUUUUACUCAUCAAUUCUUUAAGACAGACGAGAGCCGAGGUCCAGAAUUCACAAAGGGAUUGGGACAUGGCGUUGACCUGAGUAAUGUUUACGGAGAAACGUUGGAUCGACAGCAUCAGUUGAGACUGUUUACAGAUGGAAAGCUCAAGUAUCAGAUUGUAAAUGGAGACGUCUAUCCUCCCACCGUCAAAGAUGCACCUGUAAAGAUGAUCUACCCUCCUCAUGUCCCAGAACACUUGCAGUUUGCAGUGGGACAGGAAUUCUUUGGCCUGGUCCCAGGUUUGAUGAUGUAUGCAACAAUCUGGUUGCGGGAACAUAACCGAGUCUGCGAUGUUUUAAAAGUGGAGCAUCCUGAAUGGGACGAUGAACGGCUUUUCCAGACUACCAGACUGAUAUUAAUUGGAGAGACGAUCAAAAUUGUGAUUGAGGAUUACGUGCAGCAUCUGAGUGGUUAUCACUUCAAGUUGAAAUUUGACCCAGAGUUGCUCUUCAACCAGCAGUUCCAAUAUAGUAACCGGAUUGCAUCUGAGUUUAACACUCUCUAUCACUGGCACCCCUUGAUGCCUGAUACCUUCAAUAUCGAGGACAGAGAGUACAGCUACAACCAAUUCCUCUUCAAUAACUCAGUGCUGCUGCAGCAUGGUAUCCCCAACAUGGUGGCUUCAUUCACUAAGCAAAUUGCUGGCAGGGUUGCUGGAGGCAGAAAUCUGAAUGCAGCAUUGAUGUACGUGGCUAUUUCCACCAUUAAACAUAGUCGACAGAUGCGAUACAAAUCUCUGAAUGAGUACAGAAAACGCUUUUCAUUAAAGCCCUAUGGAUCUUUUGAAGAGCUCACAGGAGAACAGGAAAUGGCAGCUGAACUGAAAGAACUCUAUGGGGAUAUUGAUGCAAUGGAGAUGUAUCCUGGUUUGAUGAUAGAAAAACCAAGACCUGAAGCCAUAUUUGGAGAAACAAUGGUCGAGCUGGGAGCUCCCUUCUCUUUGAAGGGUUUGAUGGGAAAUGCUAUUUGUUCCCCAGAAUAUUGGAAACCUAGCACCUUUGGUGGCAAAGUUGGCUUUGAAAUUAUAAACACUGCAUCACUCAGCAAAUUGGUCUGCAACAAUGUUAGAAGUCCAUGUCCAAUUGUUUCAUUUAGUGUUCCUCAGUCUGUCCCGAGCAAAGCAGGCUCCAUCAGCUCCACAUCUCCCAGUCAUGACGUUAAUCCUCAUGCACUCUUGAAAGAACAGUCUACAGAACUUUAAGUUUGUUUUUAUUAACUCAGCAUAUUAUUAAAAUAUUACCAGCAUUUUGAUAACGGUGCUACAAUUGAUCUUGGUGGGAAAAGAACUAUCGGUCUGGGUUUAUGCUCUUGUUUGUUUUGACUCGCUGUCAUUGAAUGUAUUUGUCCACGAAUUGGUAGAGAGAGGGUCAGGCUUACGGGUGACAUCUCCAUCUGCUGCGGAAGUGUUUCGCCAAUACACAGUACUGAAACCCUCAUAUGAAUAAAACCUACGUUAGUGAGUUACUGAGAGGUAACCAGUAUCCUCGAAAUAAGUUAAUUAAUCCAGGUGGAGUAAACCAUUGGCACUAGAAAUUGGACAAAGACAGUACAAGGUCAUACAUAUUGUAUUGA